GAGUUGUAUCUCUAGGUCACUGUCAUCACAGUUCGCGAUUGUUCACAAUGAUAGUGUGUUAUGGAUAAUACUAUGACUGAUUAAUUCCUUAGGGAGAGCACCACAAAUUGACUGAACAUUACUAAAAAAAUGACGUUAUAUCAUUUUGGAAACUGUUUAGCUUUGGUAUAUGUACCCUACUAUUUGACUUAUAAAUAUUCUGGCCUGUCGGAAUACGGCGCUUUUUGGAAAUGCAUCCAAGCAGGUGGUAUUUACAUUUUUACGCAGCUUGUAAAAAUGUUGGCUCUUGCCACAUUUUUUCCAACAGCUGACAAUGUUGGGGAAGAAGGUUUUGAUAUAUUUGGAGAGUUCUUGAAGUCUUCCAUUGACCUGGCAGACUUGGUAGGAAUUUUGCUAGUACUAAAUAGUAUUCCAGGUAAAGGUCAUGCCAAAGUUUUAACUGCUGGUAUAGGAUGGGCAGGGGCAGAAGUUCUGCUUACAAGAUUUCUGUUACUUUGGGUUGGUGCACGUGGUGCAGAAUUUGAUUGGAAAUACAUCCAGAAAAGUCUUGAAUCAAAUAUCAACUUGGUACAACAUAUAACAACUGCAACGUUGGUUUGGUUGUGGUCCAGACAUGAUUUACGGCGCGCCUUAGUUCCUGUAGUAAUUAGUAUGCUUUUUCUGACAGUGUACAGACCGCUCAUGUUAGACUUCCUUUCAUCAAUUUUAUUAGCUGGUCCAUGGCUAACACUUAUUAUUAAGGCAAUCACCACCUUCUUCAUGGGUGCGAUGACAUUACAUAUUUAUGCAGGUCUUGCACAUUCAAUUGGAAUUUUCUGAAUAAUUGUGUACAAAUUAAUUGAUGUACAGUUGCAUUAAUAAUAUAUUUCCUAUUCCAUUUUCCAAAUAUAAUUGUACAUUACAUAUACAAUA